ACAAGCCAUUACAUUCAAGCGAGACAGUUGCCCUUUUCUCUGAGUUUGUCGAGGAAGUUUCAUUUAGCAGUAAUUUAAGAACAAAAAUGGGAGCAAUCGAUGCUAUCCCGCCUGUUUUGAAUUCGAAAUCAGAGCCUCCCCCAUUGUUUGAUGGAACCACAAGACUGUACAUUAGUUUGACCUGCCCCUUUGCUCAGCGUGCUUGGGCUGCUAGAAACUACAAGGGUCUAAGUGAUAUUCAGAUAGUUCCAAUAGAUCUGCAGGACAGACCCACGUGGUACAAGGAAAAGGUUUACCCUCCUAAUAAGGUCCCUUCUCUUGAGCACGAUGGAAAAGUCACAGGAGAGAGUUUGGUCUUGCUGGAAUAUCUGGAGACCAAUUUUGGAGGGCCUAAACUCCUUCCCACGGAUACGGUUAAAAAGGAGGCCGCAGAAGAACUACUGAAGUAUGCAGACACUUUUACAACAGCAGGGUAUUCGACAUUGAAAAAGCCACAAGCUGAGGUACCAGAAGCACUUGCGCCUACUCUUGAUCAUUUGGAAAAUGCUUUGGGGAAAUUUAAUGGCGGGCCUUUCCUUUUAGGUGAAUUCAGUUUGGUUGAUCUUGCAUAUGCUCCUUUUUUCGAAAGAUUUCAGAUUGUGUACCCCAUAUAUAAGAACUAUGACAUCACAAUUGGCAGGCCAAAACUACUGAAAUGGAUUCAGGAAGUGCAAAAGAUUGAUGCAUAUGCAACAACAAUAUCUGCCCCAGAAGGAGUUGUUGAAGCGUACAAGAGGUUUACGUUAUAAGUUAUCGUUCUGCAGGUUAAUUAGAUUGCUGGACACAAAUGGAAUUGGGAGGAGAGCCUUCAAAUUAUUGUUACUAAAUGCUAUGAUUUCUAUGAAUAAAGUGUUCCAUUGGAAUACUAUGAUUUCUAUAAAUAAAGUGUUCCAUACAUACAGGAAUCCUUGUAAUGUUCACAUUGUAGGAUGCAAUACAUUAAAUUCUAAUAAUGAUGUAAUUUGGAUCUUCUAUAA